AGUGUUCGUUUUUCUCAACCUCUGCACUUCCUCAUAAGCUCCAUAACCGCAUCGUUAUCAUCUCCUCCAACUCCCCUCUUCAUCUCUUGCAACAACUUUUCGUAUCUCUCGUUUGCAACAUUUCGCUCAUCCGCAACUUUACGGAUUCUCAAUUUUUUGAAUUUCCAGAUUUUUCUUCGCAACAAUCUCAAUUUUCAAGUCAAGUGUCUGAACAAAUCGAUGUGGAAUCGUCUGGAAGCAAGAAAAAAGUUCUUCGUGGUGCUGGGUUCAACAAAGAUGAGGAUCAUGUUCUUAUUAGUGCAUGGUUGAAUACUAGCAUGGAUGCCAUAAUUGGAAAUGACCAAAAACAUCAAACUUAUUGGCAACGAAUUGAGGAGUACUAAACCAAAACAAGUGGUUCGAGAGUAAUCGUACGGGCCGAAUGUUGUCUAAACGAUGGCAAAAAAUCCAGAAGGAGGUCAAUAGAUUUUCUGCAUGUCUUGCCACUUUAUAUGAGCAUAACCAGAGUGGCGCAACUCAGCAAGACAUGAUUGCAAAUGCGAAGGCUACGUAUGAAGCACUACACCAAAAAAAAUUCAAUCUUGAUCAUGCGUGGGUUUUGUUGAGGCACCAACCAAAGUGGUUACAAGUCGUAGAAUCUUUGAAAAAUAAUUCUACUUCAAAAACAAUAGUAGAAAUUGAAGAUGACAACAUUGAUACUGAGAAAAGGCCACUAGGAAACAAGGCUGCCAAGAUAAAAAUGAAAGAAGCCGCGAAGAACGACUCCACACCUAUUUCGGUGCAAAUUCAAAAGUUACAUGAGGAGAAAAAAGAAAGAGAUGGGAGGAAAAUGGAACUUAUUAAGAAGAAAGUUGAGCACGAUGAACAAAAACUCGACUUAAUCGACUUGAUUUUUAGACAAAAAUUAUGUCUAUGGACACAAGUGACAUGGACGAUGAAGAACGACUAUAUUAUUCCCAACUUAAAAUGAAAAUUCUUAGAAGUGAUGAAUAUUGAGUUGGGUAUUUAUUUCUUCUAUUUUCAAUUAAGGGGUUGUAUUUUGUUGGAUUAUUUGUGGCUGAAUUAAUUAAUAUGACUUUUAUUAUGAA